AAGGAAAAUUUCGUUUCACAAGAAGAGCGAUAUAGUACACAGCUUUCGAGAACAUGGCAUUCUUCAUUUAUUUAGCAAGUUUCUCCUUUUACGUUCUUGUAUACAUUAUUGUUUUAUGUUGUGUCACAUUUGUCGGUUAUUGUUUGUAUAUUAAGUACAUACACUGGAAAUACGAUCAUAUACCUGGGCCGCCACGAGCGAGUUUUCUAUUUGGACACACAUCCCAUUUCCUCAGGGCGAUGCGUGAAGAUCGAGUUAUACACGAUGUGUUCCUCCAAUGGGCUGAAGAAUAUGGACCUGUGUACCGGUUAAAUGGCCUGCAUGCUGUUUUCCUUCUUGUGUCUUGCCCAGAGGCCACAAAAGAUAUCCUGAUGUCUUCCAAGUACCCCAAAGAUGAAAUGGUCUACAAACGUCUAUUUAGCUUGUUUGGACAAAGGUUGCUAGGAAACGGCCUAGUCACGGCCCAGAGUCAUGAACAGUGGUACAAGCAACGCCGUAUCAUGGACCCUGCUUUCAGCAGCUUGUACCUGAGGGGCCUCAUGGGUCAGUUCAACGAGAGGGCAGAGCGACUGAUGGACAAACUUGGAGAGCUGGCAGACAGCAACACAGAUGCCAACAUGCACCAACUGGUCAACUGUGUCACUCUGGAUGUCAUCGCUAAGGUGGCAUUUGGAGUGGAUCUGGAUUUGCUAAAGCAGAAGGACUCCCCUUUCCCUAACGCCAUACUGUUGUGUCUGAAAGGAAUGGUGUAUAGUUCGAUGGAUCUUACCUUCCAGUACAUGCCAAAGAACCAGAAGUUCAUCCGUGAAGUGAAGGAGGCAGCUCUGCUGCUGAGGAACACAGGUGCUGAGUGGAUUAACGAGAGGAGGGAGGCGAUCCAGAGAGGAGAAGAUGUUCCUAAAGACAUCCUCACUCAGAUCAUCAAAACAGCCAACAAAGAGGAACUCAUGGAUAAAGAGGAUGAGGAACUGAUGUUGGACAACUUUGUGACGUUUUUCAUCGCAGGACAAGAAACAACAGCAAAUCAACUUGCUUUUGCUAUUAUGGAACUGGCACGACUACCAGAUAUAUUAGCAAAGGUGACGAGAGAGGUGGAUGAGGUUCUUGGGAUGAACCAGGAGAUCAGCUACGAUGAUCUGGGGAAAAUGGGUUACCUUUCACAGGUGUUGAAGGAGACCCUGAGGUUGUACCCCACAGCUCCGUCCACGUCUCGCUGGCUGGCGGACGACACGGUCAUCAGCGGUGUCCGGAUACCAGGAGGAGUCGCUUGCUUUUUCAAUUCCUAUGUCACUGGAAGGCUGGAUAAAUUCUUCAAGGACCCGCUGACUUUUGACCCAGAUAGGUUUCACCCUGAUGCUGCCAAGCCCUACUACUGCUACUAUCCUUUUGCCCUAGGACCACGAUCUUGCCUGGGACAAAACUUUGCACAGAUGGAGGCCAAGGUUGUGAUGGCCAAACUGCUCCAGAGGUUUGACUUCAGCCUGCUGCCCGGACAGUCCUUCGACAUCGCCGACACAGGCACACUGAGGCCUAAGAGUGGAGUGAUUUGCACCAUCAAACACAGACAAACAAACUCCUCCUGAAGUCUUUAUAACACCUUUCAUAACCUUUAAUUGUAUUGGACCUGUGCUGGAUUCAGACGUUGAAAAUUACAACGUUCACAUUAAAUCAAACAUGUUGAUUUGUGUAGCCCUUUUAAGUCAAAGAGGGCUUCACAGAUGCCCAUACGUUGGCAUCUUGAUCCAAUCUAAAGCCUCAAGGCAGGGCCGGCGUUUG